AUGGAGAGCAAUAUGCCUUAUGGUACUCCCGGACACUCUGGUAAGAGAUGGGUAGAGUCAUCAAACGCAGAUCGUUCACCAAAGAGGCCUCGUCUCAACAUCAACACAUCGGGUAACGGACCAAACACACGUUCAGUAACCUCCCCUAUCCCCCUUAGUCCAGCAACAGACAUCUUGUCGAUCUAUCGCCGAGGCCCAUACGUUCCUCAGGGAGGAACUGGCUCUCAGAUCCAGCCAGUCCCCAAUUUCCUUCAGCUCAACCCCAUCCAAUCGAACCGGCCCUCAAGCAGUCUGCCAGUUACCCUCCCUCCUCUCAGGUCCAUCAUCGCCAACAAUUUUCAGUAUGCCGAUAACCAAGCUUGUCGGACAUGUCCUCAAUGCUCCGAAACCAUUCUAGGCCCGGAACCCAUCGGCACCAACGGACGACCCGUCUCCACCGUAUGCGAGAACUGCAGGCAGGGCAACGUCAGGGAGCAGGUUCUCCGUAACAUCGCCGCUGAAGCCCUUCUCCUACUCAACACCGGCGUCGUCCCAACCCGCGACAACACAGGUGAAGCGUCAGUGGCCCCCGUCAGCCCUCCAAAGCAAGAUGACAGUCACAGGCUAUCCCAAGAGUAUCAACAAUUCCAGCCCUAUAGGCCGCUCCUCUGCGUCCGCUGUAAGAGGCCAGGAGUACCAUGUGCUCCCGGACGACGACGAUGCGCAGAGUGCAUCUGCAUCCUCGUCGCCUUUGGUCCAGACGAUGGUUCUGGUUUCCAAAAAGGUAAUAGUCAACCCAACCCGUUCAGAAACGUCCCUCUCUCAUCUCAAAACCUCACUAGGCCGCCAAUCCCUUGCGACGUCUGCCACGUUAAGACCGUGCCUCCAGGCACGAAGCGCUGCGAAGAUUGCAUCGCCCCAGACACCCCAAACACACCGCUGACAGCUUUCUUCACCGCACAGGGAAUCUGCGUCAUAUGUGAGCGUAACCACGUAGUGCAAGGUAAGUCCCACUGCAGAAAGUGUCUCUUCGAGGGAACGACCAGCGCCGAGCCCCUACAGGCUCUCCAGAGCCUGCCCGCGGCCGAGAUCAUGCAGUGUACGGGUUGCGGUCACCAAGUCCACAGGACUACCGAGGGUUACUGUCGCGAAUGUCGAGACAACAUGCCGGGCGGCAGCGGGAACAAGUCUCAGGGCGGGGCGAUGGAUGUCGACGACGAGCCUGCGGAAGCUGUGUCCUCCACAGGUAUCUUGACGAGAACGAAGUGCGGUUGCCAGAAGAACUUUGCGCGACUAGGCAAAAAGUUAUGUGCGGAUUGCCUAGCUGCCAAACAUAUGGUCGGAUGGAGAGGAUGGACUGCGUGGAGGAAGACACAUUGGCCAAGACCCGGUCGCACGAACAAGAAGCAUUAA